CACGUAGGCGUCCACGUCAUCACGCGCUCUCCUUCUUUCCCAUGUGCCGCCACCACACCUAUCCGACUUCAAAUCGCACAUUCUAGAGGGAAUUUUUAAUUUUGGCAAAAAACAAGCUCCGUCUCCAUUUUGCUUCGAGUUCUAGUUUCUAGGGUUCCUCAUUCUCCCAAUUCCUCCCAAGACGUUCUAGAGAUCAAUUACGAUGGAGGCAAAAGCGACGCAGGGUGUUGCGCUGGUGAUUUCUGAUGAACAGGUGGUCCAGAUGACCACCAUUAACGAUGCGCUUAGGGAGCUCGGCAAGGAAGCGUUGCAGUGUGACGUUCAGCUUUAUACGCAGUCAUCCUCGCAAAGUAAACUACCAGUGGAGUCAUCUUCAAUAGAAUUUCUGAUUUGCAUAAGCAGAUCACAUGCAUAUCCUGAUGGGAGUUGGUUUGAUGAAAUUUCUCGAGCGUUAAAACCUGGUGGUACUAUCUUGGUCUAUAAGGUUCUGCAGGCUGCUCCAAAGGAAACUGAGAAGUGGUGUUCCUUUUCAGUCACUUGAACGCCAAUUACUUUUGGCUGGGUUCUCAGAUGCUAAAGGUGUUCAGCAGAGCUCAAAUGCUGGCCUCCAAUACGUUGUGACUGCGAAAGCAAAGAAGGCUUCUUGGAAAAUUGGGACAUCCUUUGCUCUCAAAAAGGGUACAAAGGCACCGAUUAAGCUUCAGAUGGAUGAUGAUUCAGAUUUGAUCGACGAAGAUAGCCUAUUGACCGAAGAGGAUUUGAAGAAACCUCAAAUACCAGUUGGCGACUGCGAGAUUAGUACCACGAAGAAAGCUUGCAAGAACUGUACCUGUGGGAGAGCUGAAGAGGAAGAGAAAGUUAAGUUAGGAUUGACCACAGAGCAGCUGAACAAUCCUCAAUCAUCCUGUGGAAGUUGCGGACUUGGGGAUGCUUUCCGUUGCGGCACAUGUCCAUACAAAGGUCUUCCUCCAUUCAAGCUUGGCGAAAAGGUGUCCUUGUCCAGCAACUUCCUUGUGGCAGACAUUUAAACGCACCAUACCUGACUUGGGACUUCUGCAGAAGCUAUAGAAACAGAGAAGGGGUCUUUGUCUGCUCAAGUGGUAUGUUUAGGUUUCUUGAGGUGGUUCAGAGAAUGUCAGAUUGAAAGAAAAGAACGGUGUUUGUUUUGUUUGCCAUGUUCAGUUGGAAGUUUACUAUAGAUAUAGUAGGAUAAGUGCUGUUGGACACGUUCAUUGAUGUGCUGUACUUGUGCGAAACAUAAGGUCUUGCCUGAUUAACACAUAUGAUCAAAUCUACUGCAUCAAUGUUUCCUGCUAGAUUGAUAUAUGAGGAAUGACAAGUGAACGAGACAUGAGUGUUAAUGUUUUAACGGAAUCGCUCCUAGUAGAAACUGAACUUUCUCAUAAUCGCAAUAGGUUUUGCAUAUACGCCAAUGCACCAGCAUUCACCAAACUCGAGUUUUACAAAUAUAUCUUCAAGACUUGAACAUUUACUACCAAACUUGAGCAGAACCCAAAACUGUUUGCUUUUGCUCCUGUAACCACAUUUCGACCAUAUCAUCGGUUAACCUGUUGCGAAAUGAGGACCAGAAGCCCCUGUGGACCAACGAGUAUUUCGUUGAGAAAGCUGACGAGCCCAAACCAAACGACCGGGGUGACAUCCACUCCGGCGAGUGGCGGGAUGACUUUCCGGGUCACCGCCAGAAUGGGCUCCGUGGGAGCAUAGGCAACGACGUAAGGGAACUUGCCGACGGGGAGCUUCGGGUACCAGGACAUGACGAUCCUGACAAUGAAGAGAAACGCAAAUGCCGAAAGGAACGGCCCCAAAACGCCAAUCGCCACUUUUGCCGUGGCUGGGUCUAUAUCGGCCGCCACCAUCCAUGUCCCCAGAUGGAGGUCUGCACCGGGAAAUGUCGGGUCGGGUUGCGAGUGCUCCGCGUUGAGUAUCGCCGCCGACGGUGUCAAGUGUCGGGUAGACGACCAUGUCGACUGGAUUUGGCGGCCGGGUUUUGAAGGUGUUGAAAACAACAACCUGCGGCUGGGAUUAGAGUUCUGCGCAAAGAAACAUGGUUGAUCGAAAAAUUCAAUUGUUGGGGGAGUCAUUUGAAGGUUUAGCUGGGGAUCGGAAGAUGAAACUCACCAGGGAAACAUAGGAUUUGCCAAUGGUGGAAGAAGUAAAUGGUCGCCGGCCCAAUCCUGUGAGAUGAGCUGGCCGGAAGAGGGAGGAGCAGGAGGUGGAAGAGGACGC